CUCAAUGUCCUCCGAAUUUCCACAUCCAAAUACAACUUUCAGCAAAAAUGGCAACCCUCACUAUAGAAAAGAGCCUUAUAGCUGUUAUCCUAGCAGGAAUAUUUCUUGCUGGAGCCCUGCCUGGAAUGGUCAAGGCUCAAUGUGGUAACAGUUGUUCAGCAACCCAAUGUUGCAGUCGAUUUGGGUUUUGCGGGGAAGGUCCUGAUUACUGCGGCAUAAAUUGCCGAGGGGGUCCUUGUGUUAACAAUGGUGUUUCGAUAGCUGACAUUGUGACACCUGAAUUCUUUAAUGGUAUCUUGAAUCAGGCAGCUGCAACUUGUGCGGGGAAAAACUUUUACUCGAGAGGAGUAUUUCUCGAUGCUCUCAAUUCUUUCACUCAGUUUGCGAGGAUUGGCUCAGUUGAGGAUUCCAGGCGUGAGAUUGCUGCCUUCUUUGCACAUGCUAGCCAUGAAACUGGACGUUUUUGCCACAUAGAAGAGGAGGGUGGCGCUUCAAAGGACUACUGCGAUGAGAACAGAACAGAGUACCCAUGCAACCCAAGCAAAGGUUACUAUGGCCGUGGACCACUGCAAUUGUCAUGGAAUUACAAUUACGGACCAGCUGGCACUGACAUUGGGUUCGAUGGGUUAAACGCACCAGAAACCGUGGCCAAUGACGCUCUUAUCUCCUUCAAGGCUGCCGUAUGGUUUUGGAUGAACAAUGUUGCAGCAGUCAUGGACCAAGGUUUUGGGGCAACUAUUCGAGCCAUUAAUGGAGAUCUUGAGUGUAAUGGUGUUGAUCCUGUUAAAGUUCAGUCUCGGAUUGACUUAUACACAGACUACUGUAACCAACUUGGUGUUGCUCCCGGAGGUAAUCUCAGCUGCUAGAAUUUAUACUUUCGAAGGAAAUAAAGGAAAUAAUUGUAACAAUAAAAAAAGUUGGUCCCUCAUGGGAGAUUUCAGUGGCUAGAAUUGAAGACUGUAAUUUGAAAGUUUUGGAUUCAAAUUCUAAAAUGAGAAAAGGGAUGUCUCCCUAAAAUCAUGUAUUGAAGAAAAAAAAUAAGGAAUGAAAGUUCUAAUCUAAUGUUUAAUUGUCA